AUGGUCAAGGUUGCAAUCAUCUAUUACUCGACCUGGGGUCAUGUCGGCAAGCUGGCAGCUGCUGAGAAGAAGGGUAUCGAGGCCGCUGGUGGCACAGUCGAUGUUUACCAAAUCAAGGAGACCCUCCCCGCCGAAGUCCUGAAGAAGAUGUACGCUCCCGAGCAAGACACCUCCAUUCCCUUUGCAACCCCGGAGACCAUGACGCAAUACGAUGCCUUCCUCUUCGGCAUUCCCACCCGUUACGCCAACUACAGUGCCCAGUGGAAGACCUUCAUUGAUCACCUCGGUGGCCUCUGGCAAUCCGGUGCUCUCUUUGGCAAGUACUUUGGUCUGUUCGUCUCCACUGGUACCGCCGGUGGUGGUCAGGAAGCCACAGCUCUCCAGGCUCUCAGCUCUUGGGUGCAUCAAGGCAUGAUCUACGUUCCUUUGGGCUACGCAAAGACCUUCUCCAUCCUAGCCGAUCUCACCGAGGUCCGUGGCGGUAGCCCCUGGGGUGCUGGCACCUUUUCCGGUGCCGAUGGAUCCAGACAACCUACUCCCAAGGAACUCGAGUUGGCUGAGAUCCAGGGCAAGACCUUCUACGAGCUCGUCAGCAAAGUCAACUUCGCGUGA